AGUAAUCACACACACGCGCAUACACAAUAUACAUUUUAAUCAUCAAGAGUUUAUCGUUAAUUCUGCAAUAGUCAUGACAAAGGACUCGUUAAUUCGUUGUCACUCGUGAACACAGCUACACACUGCAAUCAGUUAUCACGUAUCACCAUUUUCGAAUUCGUCGUUGCCACAGUAGGUUCAAACACGUGUAUGACCGAGCGAAGCGAUUAGCAUCUGUUAUAGGUGUUGAUGGUAUUAUAGUCUAUAGUUUCUGUAGAUUCACACUGUCAUAUUCUACGGAGAGUACAACAUUAUAGAGCAAGAAUAAUAUCAUCGCGGUCAUCAUGCACGUGAUAGUGAGAAUGAUGAGCACCGGCAAGUCGAUCGCAAUACCCACGUCUAGGACGACGGGGAUCAGCGACUUGAAGACACUCAUCGAGAAGAGGUUCGAUGUCAAACCGGAAAAUCAACGACUGUUCUUUGCAGGCAAACAGCUUGAAAACCAGUAUAACCUCUUUGAUUAUAGUAUUAAUAUAAACGAUGUUAUACAAUUGACAGUCAUGACAUCUGUUACUGAAGCUAACACUAUAAAAAAAUCAAUAUUAAAGGUUCCUGAGGAUUUAAAAGAUAAGACAUCUAUUCCUUCAUCAGACACCAGCUCUACAAUAGAAGACAACAUUGAGGAUAUAUCUGAAGAAAGCAAAUAUUUUAAAUUAGGCGAUUAUGUUGAUAUACGAGAUAAUGAAUAUGGUGUGUGGUAUAUGGGUAAAAUAGCGAAGAUAAAAAAAGAUGUUUCUCUAGACACUGAACCAAGUUCCUCUGAUAGUCAAGAGGAACAUGAUGGACUGAUUUAUUUUGUAGAAGAUGCAGGAGCCCCUGAUAACCCACCCACUAAAGCUAAAUUGAAAGACAUAAGACCAUAUUCUACUGAUAAUUUGCCAUUUGAUCAAUUAAAAAUUAAUGAUAAAGUUCUUAUGAAUUUUAACACCGACCAUCCUAAAGAACGUGGCUAUUGGUAUGACGUACUAGUGAAAAAGAUAACAGUGAAUAGACGAAAUCGUGAGGUCAUGGGAGAUGUUACUAUGGGAUCAAAUAAAGCAGUGUUGACCAAUUGUCGUUUGAUGUUCCUUGACGACAUAUUAAAAAUAAAACCAUACAAGUUAGUUGCAGAAAGGACUGAAGAAGAAGAUACCAUCAUGCAAACAAUGCCUGCUGUGGAAAGAGCUAAAGCUAUGAGUUGUAGUAAAUGUAAAGACAACAUUAAUAAAUUAUGUGUACACUGCGGUUGUAGUAUUUGCGGUGGCAAGGAAGAUGAAGAUAAACAGAUAUUAUGUGAUGAAUGUGAUGAAAGUUUUCAUAUGGCCUGCCUUACACCGCCCUUGACAGAGAUCCCAGAAGUUGACGAUUGGUAUUGUCCAUCCUGCAAAAAUGAUGAAAACGAAAUUGUGAAAGCUGGUGGAAAAUUAAAGGCCUCAAAAAAAAAGACAUUAGCAUCAACAUCAAAACGUGAUUGGGGCAAAGGAAUGGCAUGUGUUGGUAGAACAAAGAAAUGUAAUAUUGUUCCACCAAACCAUUUUGGUCCCAUUCCAGGUGUUGAAGUUGGCACUACAUGGUUAUUUCGCGUUCAAGUAUCAGAAAGUGGUAUUCACCGUCCGCCUGUUGGAGGAAUACAUGGUCGUGAUAAUCAAGGUGCAUUUAGUAUUGUAUUAAGUGGUGGUUAUGAAGAUGAUAUUGACAACGGAGAUGAAUUCAUGUAUACUGGUUCUGGUGGAAGAGAUCUGUCUGGAAAUAAACGCACUGCUCUGCAGAGUUGUGACCAAGAAUUAACACGCUACAACAGGGCUUUAGCGCUCAACUGUAAUGCAGAAAUCAAUAAUAAAAAAGGAGCAACAGCUGUGGAUUGGAAAAAAGGCAAACCAGUUAGAGUUGUACGGAAUUAUAAACUUCAUAAGCAUUCCAAGUAUGCACCUGAAGUGGGCAAUCGCUACGAUGGUAUUUACAAAGUUAUGAAGUAUUAUCCAGAAACCGGAAUAUCUGGAUUUAUUGUAUGGCGUUUUGUAUUGAAACGAGAUGAUCCUACACCAGCUCCUUGGACAGCAAAAGGCAAAGAGCAUAUCGCUCAGCUUGGUCUUGAAAUAAUUUAUCCUGAAAAUUAUAUUCCUUCUACUGGGCUUGAUAAUACAAAAUCAGAUUUACCCGGAGGGUCUAAAAGAAAAAGAACACUACAAGACACUGACAUCGAAAACAAUGAGUUAAGUGAAAAUUUACCAAAAAGAAAAGAUGACAAAAAAAGCACCGAAAUAAAAGCAAAAAUGCAUUAUAAAUUGGAAAAUGAAGCUGAAAUAUUGAUCACGGCUGAUGCUGCCAAUAAAAAAUAUUGGGAUGAUUGUAAAGAAUUGUUAAAAAACGGGAAAAAAGCAUUUUUUGAUAGAGUUGAAGAAACUUUUAUGUGCAUAUGUUGUCAAGAUAUUGUCUUUGAACCAAUUACAUUAGAAUGUGCUCACAACAUUUGUAAAGGAUGUUUAAAAAGAUCAUUCAGUUCUGAGGUGUACCAAUGCCCAUCAUGCAGAGCUGAAUUGGGAAAAACUUACCCAAUGAAUAUUAAUACUACAUUGGCUAAAACUCUUUUGUAUUUCUUCCCGGGAUAUAACACUGGCCGUUAAUAAUUUAAAAACUACUUUUACAUAAAUCAUUUAGUACAAAAGAUGGCAGUAUACAUUGUUUAAUAUAUUUCCUAUUAUUUAUCUCAUAAAGGUUGCUUUAGGUAG